AGGGACUCACUUUUGGAUAUAUUUCGGGGUGUGGUAUGUGAACAAACAAUAAGGUGUUUUGAAUAAGAAUAAUUCAAAUAACGAAUUACACGCGAAAAUAGAAAAUAGCUGAGGCUUCUAUGUUACAUGACUUACAUGAACUGUAAAAAAAAAUGAGUGUAGUACAGUAAUUACUACCCAGUUACCCACUAUCUUAUCCAAUUUCACUUUUGUUUUACGUUACACGUUCUACAACUCAAAAAAAUAUGGGCACUAGAAAACAUAGUUUCAAAAAGACAGAAUAAUGUGAGUGUUAUAAAAAAACUAAAAAGAAAAGAAAAGAAAGGUAAAGAAGAUGCGAAAUUUUACUUUCUAAAAAAAUCUCAGUAACUUUUGCCCUAAAGUGGAUAGUUUCCGAAAUAUCGGCGUAAGAUUUUUCUACGCCUAUUGCCAUCGCAAAUGCCGUCGCAAGUGCACAUGCAAAUGCCAUCGCAAAUGCCAUAGCCAUUGCAUUCGCAAAUGCCAUCGCAAAUGCCAUUUAUCCAGUUUUUCCAGUCAUUGAGACGUAGGUACACAUCCCCUCAGAAAAUCUCACUCUUCCUGAGACAAUAUUACCUACAUGAACUGUUAUUAUUGUUACACAAAUAAUAUUAUUUUAUUUAAGAAAGUAAUGUAAGACAGAAACUUUAAAACUAAGUGCCGAUCAGAUUAUGAUGCUGUUUUAGGUUGACUCAAAAGGGAUUAUAGAAGGGACACCCUGUAUACGUUUAGAAAAUGCAAAUUAUGUUAUCAGAAUUGCACCUGUGGGGCAGUCGUUACUCGUUAGUCUAUAAUAUUAGAACUUUUACCACUGAAUCGAUUUAGAUGAAAUUUGGUACAAAAUUUUAUCCCGGAAUUCCCAUGGGGACGGAGAAUAUUCGGGGUUUUCUUUUACUAGGCAGGCGAAGCUGCAUGUGGAGAGCUCUCUUGUACCGUUUCACAGUUGCCUAGUUAUGAUUAUUGGGGAGUAAUGAUUUUCUACUAUGUACCUACUUGUAAUGUAUCAAAAGUAAUAAAAAUCAAUUGUUCUAUGUAACAUGACAAUUAAAUAAUUUUAUCAUAUGCAGCUUAUCUGAUAGCUUAAUAAAAACUAUAAAAAAUAGUAAGAUAGUUAGAGAGAUUGUCAUGAAACAUAAUAUUUUUGUUGUUUUACAACUCUAUUCAUUGCCAAAUCGGCAAACUAUAAAAAUUCUUUUCCUUAUUUAUGCUUAUCCCGUAAAUUACAAUAAUUGAAUGAUUAAUGAUGCGUUUAUUAUUUGAUAACAUAAUACCGUAUAUAUAUAUACAGGACCCUUCGCUGUAUUAACAUUCAACAUAGAAUAACACAAGUAAGUAAAUAAAAUAUUAUGCCUAUUAAUUUAUUUAUAACUAACUCUUCAUUAAUAAAAAUAAUGACUGUAACAAAAUAUAUUUAUAAGUAAUUGUAAAACAUAAUAUUUGAGUGUUGGCUCAUACAGUCGUCGCACUUCAAAAAAAUUAUUUAAAUUUAAUUACAGGUCGACAAAAUGAAAUACUUCUUGGUACUCGCAUUCGUGGCGGCUGCAUCAGCAGCUUCGCUGCCUCAGGGCAUGAGUCCUGCCGAGCUCAAAGAAGCCCUCUCAGCUCCCAGCAGUGACCCCGCUAGAAUUUUUGCCGUUUCCCAAAUCGUCCAAGGCGUCCUCGACGCUAUCUUCAAUCCUAUCAACGUUGGACCAGCUAUAGUUGAGAAGCCCGAAGAAAUAUCCGUCGGACCCGCUAUCAUCGAACCUGUAGAUGAAAUUCAAGUUGGCCCCGUCGUCGUGGGACCUGUUGAGGAAAUCUCAGUUGGACCCGCCAUCAUUGACCCUGUGGAAGAAAUCUCAGUUGGACCCGCUAUCGUCGACCCUGUCGAAGAAAUUUCAGUUGGACCCGCCAUUAUCGACCCUGUGGAAGAAAUUUCAGUUUGACCCGCUCUAAUUGACCCCCCCGCAUUCAACCCCUUCUCUUUCAACGGCCCCCUUGUUCAGGUCGUCGUUAACGUGGACUCAGCUUCAUCCGACUCAGUGGUAGUGGAGCAACCCACUCUGGUCCCCACUCCCGGUGCCGACCUCGACCAGAUCAAACCCGAUCCCGUUGUGGUUGUUGACACUCCCAAACCAGAUGUAAUUGCCCCAGAACCCGUCAAUGUCGCUAACCCAAUAUUCCCCGACGUCGCAGUUAACCUGCCUGAGACCCUCAAUUAAAAUAUUCAUUAAAUAAAUGUAUUAUAAAAUAUAUAUAAGUAUUUUGUAUUAUUUCU